AGAAGGAAGGGGGCGAGCCUGCGAGCUGGCGCCGGGAUGGGGGGAAGCCGCGAGUGAGAGGGGAGGGGCGCGGCGAGCCCCGCGGAGCCAGUGGCCCCUCGGCGGGGCGCUCGCGGCAGGCGCGCAUGGCCGGCCCUGCGCGGUGAUCCGGGGGGCGAGAGAGGAGCGCGCAGCAAGCUCGAGUCCCGGGCCGAUGUCCCAGGUGAGUGGCCAGCGCCCCCCUCACUGCGACGCGCCCCAUGGAGCCUCCAGCGCAGACCCGGGCCCAGCCCAGACCCCACCCUUCCCGCCUGGGCUGGAGGUAGUUGCAGAGUCCAUCCACCCUGUGGAGGCAGAACUAGAGGAGGGCUCACUGGAGGAGGUGGCACCCCCCAUGCCCCAAGGCAAUGGCCCUGGGGCUCCCCAGGGCCCGGACAUCACUGACCUCGAUGUCACCACAGAAGCUGUGACACGCCAGCCUCAGGGGAACCCCUUGGGCUGCACCCCACUACUGGCGAACGGCUCUGGCCACUCCUCAGAGCUGGGCAGUGCCAAGCGGGCGGGGAACGGUGCCCUGGGGGGCUCCAAGGCCCACCGGAAGUUGCAGACACACCCAUCUCUCGCCAGCCAGGGCAGCAAGAAGAGCAAAGGCAGUACCAAGUCGGCUGCCUCCCAGAUUCCUCUGCAGGCACAGGAAGACUGCUGCGUCCACUGCAUCCUGUCCUGCCUCUUCUGCGAGUUCCUGACGCUGUGCAACAUUGUCCUGGACUGUGCCACCUGUGGCUCCUGCAGCUCCGAGGACUCCUGCCUCUGCUGUUGCUGCUGCGGCUCCGGCGAGUGCGCUGACUGCGACCUGCCCUGCGACCUGGACUGCGGUAUCCUGGACGCCUGCUGCGAGUCAGCCGACUGCCUGGAGAUCUGCAUGGAGUGCUGCGGGCUCUGCUUCUCCUCCUGACCCGCGGAGGCCGGCAGCGGAGUCCUGCCGGCCGCACACAAGGCUGGAUCACCCCUCCCCCGCCCUCUCCCAACCCCCCCUCACUGCCUUCUCUGAACCCCCACCCGCUGAGAAGGGGCCACUCCGGGGCCACCUCAGCCACAGGAGCAGGGCCCACUGCAGACAGCCUGUCGUCCUCGCUGGUUACCAGGACACACCGCUCCCACCGCCCAGCUGCCUGGGCUGCUGAACACUGUGAAAGUUGGGGGAGGCGAGGGGGAUGUGGGAGGCAGGACGCAGGGCUGGGCGCUUCUCUACCUCUCAUUGCUCCUGGGCCUGUCUCCCCCAACACCCCGGCUUAGAGGACAGCAAAAUGUGAAGAGACACCCACCCCCCACUCACCCAAGCCCCUCCACUGUCUCCCUCCCCGGGUUCUUGUGGGGACCUGACCACACAGUGACUCAAGAGGGCAAGCUGGGCAUGGAUCUAGGGCAAGCGGGAGAGGAACAGUAUAGAAAAGACUGGAAGGGGAGCGGGAGGGGACGGAGGGAGGGUCUGUUCUAUGUGUUGCUGUAAAUAAAGAUAUUUGUCCAUCUCAGAUUUCCCCAGGACUCAUGAGU